AUGGCCCCUCCCUCAAAGAAGCGUAAGCUCCCAGCGACCUCGGGGCCUGCACCGAAACGCAACAAGAACUCGUCGUCCAAUCUCGUCACGGCGAAAGGCAGCAGCAAGAAGCCCAGCGGCAAGCAGGCUGCGGUCCGUGUCGUCGAUGCGGCUUCACUAGCAUGGGAGUCUGUCGGCGAAGACUUUGGCGGCCUCGAGGUCAUCAAGGGUGUCGACGUCGUCAAGCACGGGAGCAAUGUCCAAUUUGUUGUGACGAAGUCGGCCAACGAAGCGGAAGCGAGCGAUGAGCAAGCGAAAAGCGAAGCCAACCAGUCCGAGGAUGGCGAGGAGUCUUUCGAAGGGUUUAGUGACGGCGCUGCGGUGAACCAAGAGGCCCGUCCUCGCAAUGGUGCCAAUGCUCACGGUGGCGAAGCAGGCGAGCAGCCCGCCGAAAACGUUGGCGAUACCGCGAAGCAGCCCAAGACCAAGCAAGACAAGCAGCAGAAGAAGCAACAACGAAACCAGCGAAAAGAAGAGGCUCCAGAGGCGAAUACGAAUGCAGACGAGAAGAUACCAUCCAAGUCCGAAACGCGAGGCCACGGCCAAAAGGCAAACAAGAACGAGAACGCAUUUGGUGCGCUUGAUGAGGAAGAGGUUGGCGAUGGCGAUGUCGACGUCGACGUGAAAGCAUGGAUGACGCUGAAAGUUUCUUCCCCCAUGCUCGAUGCGAUUGCGAAGCUCGGCUUUGCGACGCCCACAGCAAUCCAGGAGCGUGCUGUGCCGGAGAUCAUCGGCGGCGAGGACGUCAUUGGCAAGGCGCAGACCGGUUCGGGCAAGACGCUGGCCUUUGGCAUCCCAAUUGUGGAGAAAUGGCUCGAGUGGAAGGAUGGCAAGGACGAUGUCGUUGACGAAGUUGAAGGAGCCAAGAAACAUCCCCUAGCCGUGGUCCUCAGCCCGACGAGAGAACUGGCGAAGCAGCUGGGGGACCACCUCAAGGCGCUCUGCGAAGGACUGCCCGAAGCGCCUUUCGUCUGCGUCGUCACUGGCGGCCUCAGCAUCCACAAGCAGCAGAGGCAGUUGGAAAAGGCAGACAUCGUCAUCGCCACUCCCGGCCGGCUCUGGGAGGUCAUGGACGGCGAUUUGGCCCUGCAAGACUCCUUCACCAACAUCAAGUUCCUCGUUGUCGAUGAGGCUGAUCGUCUCUUUAAAGUCGGUCAAUUCAAGGAAGCCGAAAACAUCAUCGGCGCCCUCGAUCGACGCGAUCCCGAGGCCGACCAAGAAGACCCGGACGAGGAGCUGCCCCCGCGACAGACUCUCGUCUUUUCUGCCACCUUCGACAAGGACCUGCAGACCAAGCUGGCGGGCAGGAACAAGUCGUCUGCUGCCGGAAGCGGAAGCGGCACCGACCUGGACAAGAUGGCAUACCUCAUGAAGUGCCUCAAGUUUCGGCGUGAGCCCAAGUUCAUCGACGUCAACCCCGUGAGCCAGAUGGCGACCGGUCUGCGCGAAGGACUCAUUGAGUGCGGCGCAAUGGAAAAGGACCUCUUCCUCUACACCGUCCUCGUCCUGAACCCCAACCGUCGUACCCUCGUCUUCACAAACUCCAUCUCGGCCGUCCGUCGGCUCACGCCUCUGUUGCAAAACCUUCAGCUCGCCGUCCACCCCCUGCAUUCGCAGAUGGCGCAAAAGGCCCGGCUGCGCUCCCUGGAGCGUUUUGCCGCGGUGCGCAGUUCCAUCCUCGUCGCCACCGACGUCGCCGCCCGUGGGCUCGACAUUAAAGAAGUCGACCAGGUCAUUCACUACCAUGUGCCUCGGUCUGCCGACACAUACAUCCACCGUUCGGGACGAACCGCACGUGGAGACCGAAACGGCGUCAGCGUUAUGCUCUGCUCACCCGAAGAAGUUAUCCCCACCCGUCGUCUCGUCUCCAAGGUACACGAGAAGCGCAGCCAGCGCGGCCAGAGUCGUCAAGACGGCAGGAAACACGUCAUACAAAUGCUGCCGCUCGACCGCAGGAUCGCUUCACGCCUGAAGCCCCGCGUCGAUUUGUCCAAACGCAUCGCCGAUGUGAUCCUCGCCAAGGAAAAGGGACACAGCGAUGAAAAGUGGCUGCGCAAUGCGGCCGAGGAGCUCGGCGUCGAGAUGGACGACGACGAACUGGACGAGGUUGCCUCGGGCAACGGAACCUACGGUGGCCGCGGCGGUGGCCGUAAACGCAAGGAGAAGGAGGCUAGAAGCCUUACCAAAGCGGAGAUGGGCGCUCUUAAGGCUCAGCUUCGGGAAGAGCUCGGGAGGAGGGUCAACUUGGGCGUUAGCGAGCGGUACAUCACUGGUGGGAGGGUCGACGUCGGCGCGCUCUUGAAGGAGAGAGAGAACUUGACCGCGGGAGGCAUCUUUCUGGGAGGCGAGAACCUUGGCUUGGGCUUGUAA